AUGAACAAAAUACUUUCUAAUAGGUUCCCCUACAUAGCGGUGAACAAUAAGAACUAUCAGAAGAUUUGUAAGUUACAUACACCUACGUUUAGUAGCACUGCUUUCAAAGCUGGGGACAAAAUUAGAAUACAGAAAACAUUAACACAGAAAGACCUGGACACAUUUUCAAACCUAACAAGUGAUCAUAAUUAUUUGCAUAAGAAUAAUGGUAAUAAGAGGCCCAUAGUUCACGGUGCUCUCUUGAAUGGACUAGUUGCUGGUCUGAUUGGUACCCAUCUCCCCGGACCUGGUACAGUGCUGGUUUCACAGACUAUGAAGUUUCCAAAUAAAUGUUUUGUGGGUGAGAAACUCACUAUUAGUGUGGAGCUUGUUGAUGUGAGGAAGAUUCUCAAAGUUAAGUUUUUCUGCAUUGUGGAAGAAGAAAAGAAGGUUGUGUUUGAGGGUGAGGCUAAACUUAUAUUAGCUAAAGACAGUUAA